AUGGCUCUAAAUGAAAGCCGAAAACGUACAAUACCAUGUACAGGCUGCAAGAGGAAUAAAGUGAGAUGUCAGUAUGUGGAGGGCCAGCCUUGCGAGCGAUGUGCCAAGUUUAAGCUCAAAUGCUAUUUUCCAGAUCAUCGGUACGGUGGAAGCGAAGCGUUCUCUACCGUAUCACAACCAGAACACCAGAUGGUGCCGCCAUCUAUUUUGCCGCAUUUUAACGCGCCCGGUGGCCAUCAGCGGGAAGCCGGAUGGGCCGGCUCUGUGGAUAACCGUAUUUCAACAUUAGAAAGCGCUUUGGAAUCGGUCCUCUCAAUCCUUCAAACCAGUCAGUCACAGCAACAGCAACAGAUGGACUUCUUGCAGCUGCAAUUUCAAGAGCGCCACUCAUCGUCUGUGGAUCAACCUUUCAUGCUCCCGAGCGCCAAGGAGCCUUAUAGAGAAACGGAUAAGUACCCUCUUCUAGGUUAUCGAGAAACUUUAGACGUCCAGGUAUCAGAGACACUAUCGCAGGAAGAUGCCAGAGAGCUUGUUCGGCUGUUUAGGGAAACAUUAGCGCCUCGACUGUUUGGUUACGACAUUGGUAUUCUGGAUGUGGAUGCUAUGUGGAAAUCGUCGUCUCUUCUUCUAUUGUCGAUAUGCACUGUCGCGUGUCCACACCACACCUCACUUAAGUCAAAAUUUGAUACUCUGAAUCUGAAGUUUAAAUUUCUAGCGUCUCAAUGCUUAACAUGUGAGAUUCCAGUGAAACAAGUUGAGAAUACCGUGCUGGCGCUCCUGAUCGGCGCUCUAUGGCUAGAAUCCAGCCAGAUGUUCACUUCAAUCGCUAUUCAACUAGCCCGUAUCCACAGAAUAGAUCAGCAAAAUCCAAGUCAUUCCAUUUUGCAAUCAAAACGAUUUCACCGACUGUGGUACUUACUAUACAUCGUUGAUGGAAACCAGAAUCUAACUUUCGAAAAGAGCCCGUCUAUCCAUGAAAGAUCAGAGCAACUGCUUCAGAAUGCGAGAAGAGAUAUAGUGAGUAACCUCGUAGAUCCCUUAGUUCGUAAGAUUCUCAACGAGAAUCAGGACUCAAAGGAUAAAGUGGUCAACAACAGACAAUUAGAGCUUUUAAAUGAAGUUGAGACCCACAAAGUUCCUAUUUCCCCCACGUCUUUGAACGAUCUGAGAAUACUGGGCCAAGUAGAAUAUCAUAUGGCCGUGGAGAGCAUUUUCUCUUUCAAUCCCAUGCAGACAUCGAACACCAAUGAAGCUCUAGAGUCUGCCAUGUUCAUUCUUCAACCUUCAAAUUUUGGAAUCCCUUGGGAAAGCAAUUUAAAGUUAGAUAGGUGGAUGAUAUCGUGGACCAUAACUUUACAGAACCUCGAUUUUCAAAGCGAUCCAUGGUCAUUAAAAGCUACACUGCUGUACUAUAAUUUUGCGCGAAUGCAUAUAAAUGCAAAACCAUUGUUGGCCAGAGGAAAGUCUUCAAUGUUCGAUGUCGCCAAUAAGGACUUUGUGAGCUUAUGGCAGUCAUCUUCUGCUUGUAGUAUCAGUGAUGACGAUCCAAGUUCACUAGUUGAUGCUUCUCACGAGAUAUCUCGAUCUGCCGCCUAUUCGUUACUUCGACUGGCCACUGAGGACAACGACAUCAAAAGUAUUUUUCAAUUCUUACCGAUGCAUGUACAUGUAAUGCUUUACUAUGCGUCGUUAGUCCUGUUGAACCCCGGAGAUAUUAAUGCAGAUAGCUCACAGGUGAGUUGUAAGUCUCUGGCAAUCAGAUAUAAGGUAGUGAUCAAUUUACGAAAGAUGAUUACUGCGGCGCCGCUGUCAGAUCCUCGUCUCCGACAGAAACUUUUAGAUUCCUUAAGCUACCUCCUGGAAGAAUAUAAAAAAAAAUGCAUGGAUUCACUUUCGGAUCCUGAACAUGUUACAUCAAGCCGGGUACAGGAGCUAUUUGAAGACGUCAAGCCUGGGGCCCACGCCUCAAAGCCCAAAGCCAUAUUAGCCUGGCCGGGUACGAAUCCUGGUCACCCUUGA